UUGCUUGCGCAGAGCGGUGGACUGGACACCGUACAUCAGACGCUCCCGAAGGAGUACAAAAACCACUGGUCCAAGCGACAAGGGACUGCGAUGUGGAUGAAAACAGGAUCCGGCAGCCUGGGCGUCGGGAAUGAUCCAGACGCGGCGCUUCUGGCAACGGACUGCCCGUCGUCGCCCUCCUCUGCUCUCGGUUCGCGCACGUCGUCGUCCUGGGUGGCCUCAAGGUUCCCGUGGCGCUGGCUGGCAGGCGCCGCCCUGAUGUCCGCCGCCACGGCAACAGUUCUGACGAUCGCCUACCAGGUGCUCUUCCCGGAGGAUACCCCGUGCGAUACCGCUGGCUGUGAGCAGGAGGUCUACCGGCUGACGGCCAACCUGGAUGAAAGUGCGCAGCCGUGCCACCACCUGUACAGCUUCGUCUGCGGAGGGACCAAGUGGACGCCGCAAGGGGGCAACACACUAGCCGAGGUGCACGCCGCCAACCUGGCACGGCUGAACGACACGCUGCACAAAUCCGCCACGCUGGUUCUCCCGCCGUCGGCAACCACUACGGAGACCGCCACGCCGCCCACGUUCCGAGAGUUGUCCGCCCUGUUCACUGGCUGUCACGUGGCAUAUCGCAUGGAACUCGACCUGCACGAUACAAUGUAUGGCUUCCUGCAGGACGUUGGCGUCAGCGCACGCACUUGGCUGCUCGACGUCAACAGCCCUGAGCGUCUUCUAGAUAACGUCGUGGAGCUGUCCCUGAAGUCCGACGUGCCCAGCUUGCUGUGGUUGCACCAGAACCCGGACUCGGGCCUUCUAAGCGUGGAGCCGGCGAGGCCGCUAUUUGCGGGCCCGGUGCUUCGCGACUGCUCGGAACACGACAGCCAAGAGCAGCUCACGCAGAGAGUGGUCAGCGCCAUUGACGAGGUCACGCAGAACGUGGACGAGCUGGCCCACGACCUGGCGCACCUGCACGCCGAGCUCAGCACGAAGUUCGUGCCUCGCAGAGAAACCGUGCUCAUGAAGAUGCAGAAGGCCUUCCACUUCCUUAACGCCUCUCAGCUGCGAUCAUGGCUGCACAUCUUCCAGAAGCAUUUGCCCCACCGGAAUCCUGCGCACAGACUGAGACCGGACUCUGUGGCACUCUUCCGGCAUCCGCACCUGCUCCCCAAUGUCACCAUGACAUCGUUCGGCCAGACCUUCGCCAGCGCUGGAGUCUCCCUGGGAAAAUUGUUCGUGCUGUCGACGCUGCUCGAACCCGUGUUCGAGUGGGAGUACCAGAGGCACUCUGUGGUCGAAAAGGACGACAGCUUCGAGGUCGUCCGCAUUUGCGCCAAGAUGGCGUGGGAGAUAAUGCCAAAGACGUGGAUCAAGUUCUCGACCCGAGUGCUAGUCCAGGACAGGCGGGACCUCGCAGAGCUGAGGCGUAUGGCACAGAUUGUUCUGGAUGGCGUGAAGAACGACUAUCGCACGGUGGUCACGUGGCGCACGAAGCUGGGCAAAGUGAAGGUGCUGGAACACCUGAACGUUCUGCGUUGGCGCCUUCCCGAUGAGCGCGACUACGACUACGACAUGUCCCUGCGUUCUCCUCUACUGCAUGCCAAGGUCAACAGGACGUAUUUCUCGAGAGUGGCUUCGCUAAGGCUGCUCGCUCGAUGGGAGAGCGGCGAUACUUCCUGCAUCGACGACAUUCGCUCCGACCCAGAAUGCGUCGCACCCGAGCGAGCCUUGGUGCGCUACGAGUACGACCGGAACCUCCUCUGGGUGACGCCCGGGGCCCUGGUGCAGCCGCUCUUCUACAGCGGCGCUGAACCGCACAUCAACCUGGCCACGCUGGGGGCCUUGCUGGCCUACGAACUGUGGAGCGCGGCCCGUAGGCAUGUCCCAGCUCUGCAACCACCUGGUGACGUGUCCUCGUUCGAGGAUGAAGUCUCCUGUCUCGUGACAGCUUACCGCAACAUCACCAACGACACGACCCCGGCCAAGUUCGUGGCGACCGAAAUAUACAGCCGGCAGAUGGCGUUGCGCACCGUCAUGGACUCCGCCCGCAAGUCCUUCCAACCGGCCAGGCGCUCAACGGGCAGGUGGCCCGACGUGGGCGAGGCUCAGCUUCUGUUCGUGCGCUACUGCUCGCUGUUCUGCGCGCGCCAGUCUGCGGGAAGGACGCGAGUCGCGCAGUGCGACCUGCCCGUGGCGUCGAUGCCCGAGUUCGCGAUCCUGUUCCGCUGCGGCCGCGUCGAUAACUUGGGUGCAGUGGCCGCCGACUGCGGGCCUACGUAGGUGCGGGUCAAGGCGUGGUUCGCGACGCCGACAUAGCUGUCAACCUGUGGCCGUUACUAGCACCGUCGUUUCGACGACGUCGUCCUGCUGUUUCGAGGCACACUCGUUAUCCUUGUAUAUCGCCUAAUUUUUCUCUUUGGUUAAUUUGAUCGGUUUCUUAAUGCAUUCACGCCUAGUAAUAAAAUAACCAAACUUUUUUUCCAAUUCCA